AUGACUCCGCAGGCAGUUGAUGUUGUUGUAGCAGGUGCUCUGGCAGUAGACUUUUCCUGUGACUACGCGCCAUUUACCAACUCACCUGAUCAAGUUGAGCCUGCAUUACAUACGUCAAACCCUGCCGUGGUCAACCAGACUUUAGGAGGAGUAGCUCACAACAUCGCCAAAGCAGCGCACCUACUUGGUGCUGCAGUGCAACUUCGCAGCGCUGUCGGCGAUGAUCUCACCGGACGGGCAGCUAUCAGCCAACUCGAAGACGAGGGCAUGUCCACUACCGGGAUCCAUACCCUUCCAAAGCCUGCACGCACCGCUCAGUACGUCGCCAUUAACAACGCGAACAAGGAUCUUACACUCGCUAUGGCUGAUAUGAAGAUACUCGAAAACAUACCACAAUCUCAAUUGACGGAUAUGCUACGUAUCCCCUUUAAUUCUCCGCCGCUAGAAGUCCUCGUAGCGGACGCGAACUGGGACUCCACAUCCCUCCAUAAGUGGCUAGACAUAGGCAAGGCCUCGUCACAUACAACCACGAUCUUCGAGCCCGUCUCCACCGCCAAAGCCCUUCGCAUUUUCCCUCCUACAUCCAGCCAGGACAAGACCAUGUACCCACUCGUCGACAUCAUAACACCGAACGAGCUCGAGCUCCAAGCCCUACACAAUCAUGCUUACAGCCUCGGGUUAUUCGAGUCACCAGAAUGGUUCACGAUCAUCGACGCCCUGGGUAUCCCAUCAUCCGGUCUACGCGUCCCACUCGCCCACACCACAACACGUGCCCUCGUAGACGCUGGCAUUCCUCAACAGUCUAUUAAGUUACUCCCCUUCUUUCCUACCAUCCUGACGAAGCUCGGUCCGCAAGGUGUUCUCUUAACGCAACUGCUCAAAGCGGAUGACCCGGUGCUCAGUUCGGCUGAUGAGGCGCAGUACGUCCUCUCGCGCUGUAAUAAUGGUGAUCAGACUGUGGGUGGUCUUUAUGUGAGAUUGUAUCCUACGAAGGUGCUAGAGGCGGAGGAAGUAGUCAGUGUGAACGGGUGUGGAGACACGUUUGUCGGGGCGUUAGCGGUAGGGUUGGCGAAGAAGAAGCGGGUGCAGGAUUGCGUUGGGCUGGCACAGAGAGCGGCGGGUUUGACGCUGAGGAGCAGGGAGAGUGUUAGUCCUGAGUUGAAGACUCUGCAGGGGGAAAUAUAG